AAGUUGUAAGUUUCUGCGCCAUAAAAAAAAGUGAAACAAUUACUUAAUUUCCUUUCAUUUCGAUAAUUCACGCCUUAUCUAUCAAACACCAAGACUGCACUAUACAAAGCUGCCAUGCCGAUGGCGAUGACGGCGUCGCAGUUGCGGUGGGGAUGGAGGCCGCCGCCGAAGCAUCAACGGCGUCCUAUGGCUCCGGUGGUCUGUUCAGUGGCUAUAGAGAACGCGCAGAAGAAAGAGAGAGCGAGACUAAAAACACUUUUCGAAGAAGCGUACGAGAGGUGCCGCACUGCUCCCACUGAAGGCGUCUCCUUCAGCCUCCAGCAAUUCACGGACGCUCUCGACAAAUAUGACUACGAAUCCGAAGUUGGCACUAAGGUUAAGGGCACUGUUUUUGCCACAGAUGCGGGUGGAGCUUAUGUUGACAUUACUGCAAAGUCCACAGCCUACUUGCCGCUGCAAGAGGCUUGCAUUAGCAGAAUUAAGAAAGUUGAAGAAGCAGGUAUAGUUCCUGGGUUGAGGGAGGAAUUUAUGAUCAUUGGUGAGAAUGGAACGGAUGAUACAUUGAUCCUGAGUUUGAGGUCUAUCCAAUAUGACCUUGCAUGGGAGCGCUGUAGACAACUGCAGGCUGAAGAUGCUGUUGUCAAGGGUAAGGUUGUCAGUGCAAACAAAGGCGGUCUGGUGGCUCAAGUGGAAGGCCUCAAGGGUUUUGUUCCAUUUUCACAGAUAUCAGCGAAAUCAACUGGAGAAGAGCUUCUUGAGCAGGAGAUUUCUUUUAAGUUUGUGGAGGUGGAUGAGGAACAGUCUAGACUUGUCCUCAGUCACCGCAAAGCUGUGGCUGAGAGCCAAGGACAGUUAGGAAUUGGAUCCGUAGUCAUUGGCUCUGUUCAAAGCAUAAAGCCAUACGGUGCCUUCGUUGACAUUGGUGGAAUCAGUGGCCUCCUUCAUGUCAGUCAGAUCAGUCAUGACCGUAUAACUGACAUUGCGACUGUUCUUCAACCUGGUGAUAUUCUGAAGGUGAUGAUCUUAAGUCAUGAUCGGCAGAGAGGACGUGUAAGUCUUUCCACAAAGAAGUUGGAACCCUCACCUGGUGACAUGAUUCGCAACCCAAAGCUUGUCUUUGAGAAGGCGGAGGAGAUGGCUCAGACAUUCAGACAGAGAAUCGCACAAGCAGAAGCUAUGGCUCGUGCUGAUAUGCUCAGGUUCCAGCCAGAGGGUGGAUUAGGUCUCAGCGGUGAGGGAAUCUUAGGACCACUUUCUUCAGACUUGCCUCCAGAGGGAGUGAAUCUGAGUGAGGUACCCCUGGCUCAAGAGUCAUGAUUCUGAACUGAGAGCCUUUUGUUUUUCUUUUUUAUACCUUGAUCUGAAUAUUGUUGUAGAAAGACGAACCUAAUGUAAAGACCGGUUUUGUAGCAACUCAUUUUUGUAGAAUAGGCUGUUGUAGAACUCUUCAUUUUCUCUCUAAAUUAUUUCGAGCUAUUGUCGCUGUUAUCUUU